AAACUAGCAAUUAAAUGACAGACCAUUAAAAUACUGAUGAAUCAGUUUACAUGUGUGCAUUAGUUCGUCUGUCAUCAUACAAAUAAUUCUUAAUUUCUUUCAUUAACCUUCAUAAGUGCGUUCUAUUUUAAUUUAUUAGUACUUUAAAAAGAUUUUAUUUUUUUGUUUCUUUGUAUUAGAUUAACUCAGUAACUACCGAACCAAUUUUAAAUAUUCUUACACCAAUAUAAAUAAAAACAAAAAACAUCACAUACAUUACUCUAAUUCUGCUAAAGUUUGUGUAAUAGCCUCAUCCACCAAUUUUACCAUUGCACUAUCUACAAAUAAAUCAAUAUUAUUAGAGCAAUAUCUUCCUCAUAAAAAAAUGCAAUUCUAUUUAGUCCGUCAGUCAGAUAAUAGAAAAAUAUUAGAUACGUAUUUUUUUAUUAUUUCAAUUUAACGAGAAAUAGCUUAGAUAACAGGCAUUAAAGUUGAGGAGUGGGGGCUCGCUACGUCACAGUUUUGUAGAAAAUGUACCAUAACGUGACGUCAAGCGAAAUUUCAACUCCAUGUAACGCCGUAAUUUUAUGUUUACGAAAAAAAAUAAAAAAAUAUGUGUUUAAUAUUUUUCAACACUCUACUUGACAGACAAAUAAAUGAAAAUUAGUCGUCAUCCCUAUUGCAAGUAGUUGAAAUUUUAUUGACAUGCGAAUAUUACGUAAACAUUUGUAUAGAAAGAAGUGAAUGUAUAAACAUUUUUUUCUUUCUCCGCAGUAUGAUGGACUCUGGAGGGGCAGGAAUCGCGGAGUCACCCCCCACAUACCACCGCAGCUACGAGCAAUACGUCCAAGGAGGUGUAGAGACCAGCACUGAUUCCACCCAAGACCAGGCCAGUCCAGACUUAGUCGUGUGGUCUGCUCUACCUUAUGGCCUAGACUAUAGAGCUCAAUAUGACUACAGAAGCCCAUAUGACACAUCUAGAGAUUACUCCACCCAGCAGUACGCUAGGGCGCCUUUUGCCACGAAAAUGGGGCAGGCGAAAGCUCUCAAGGAGGCCAGGAUAAGGAGGCCUAUGAACGCUUUCAUGGUGUGGGCGAAGGUGGAGCGGAAGAAGCUGGCUGAUGAAAAUCCUGACCUGCACAAUGCUGAUUUGAGUAAAAUGCUAGGUAAAAAGUGGCGUUCGCUGACACCGCAAGACAGACGACCUUUCGUGGAAGAGGCAGAGCGGCUACGGGUGAUACAUAUGACGGAACAUCCCAACUACAAAUACCGGCCUCGAAGACGGAAGCAGAAUAAAACUAGACCGAAUCAACCGACGACGCCGGCGAGUGCUCCACCAGCGGCGUCAGCAGCCUUAGGUUCCCCAUAUGCCACAGCAACCGAUUCACCAGACGCUCGAUUCUCCCACAACCCAGGGGCAGGCUUCUCACCUUACCGUACUUCGCCCCUCGCUCCCGACUCUUACCAAUCGAGUCAACAAUUCAACGGACAUGUUCAAACUCCAGAAUCAUCGCCAGCUAGGUCUCCAGAACCUCAAGGUAGGAGGAGCGCCCCGGCUGACGCCCCUCUGCCCACUCCCGAUGCGUCACCCGUGGAGAAUGAGAAGGAAAACUUUCAGUAUGAAGAAAGGCGAAGAGCCAUCAACGCUUCCUCCCUCUCUGAAUCAUAUUCGCCUUAUAAAACUUACCGGACGCCAGGGUCUUUCUCGCCGGCGCCCGUCGCAGCUAUGGGUAUGGCCAAUGGCAUGUACGUGAUGUGCACGCAACGAACUCUAGCAGAACAACCACCUCUAGUAACUGGAACCUUUUUCCCUCCAGUCGCGACCUCGCAAGAUCAGCAAGCUCUCGGCACAUCCACUCCAAAAGUGACGUCAGCUCUAAGUGGUUCCAUACCAUCUGAAUACAGCAUUCAAUACCUCCCAUAUGAUCAAUACGAACAAAUGUAUAAAACAGAAGACUCAUAUGUGUCGCAUUAUCCUGAACAGCCGAAAACUGAAUACGACACAGGAGGCUCUUACUUUUCAGAGGAACCACCAUCUAAUCAACCACAGGAGAAUGAACAGAGCUUUAUGAAUCCACGCCCGGAAAUAAGGACGGGAUCACCUGAAUCUGACGUGGACGCUAGGGAGUUCGACAAGUAUUUGGACUAUGGUACCGAAGUUUCUAUUGAGCAACAUCAACAAUAUAGAUAUGAGCAACAGCAACAGCAACAGCAGCAGGGCUACAGGCCUCCUUACUGCUCUGAGCAGGGUCCAGCGCCGGAGUACUGCUCGGAGAGGAUGUAUCCGUCUCCGUACGCGUCUGUGAUUUCUGGAACACCAGCCGUGGGUCCAUAUACGCCCGCACCGCCCACUGACGUACGACCUGAAGAUGAAUUCAGCGUGAUCCUAGCUGGAGUCAGGCAGACGUGUUAUAGCAAUUGACUAUAUAGGACUGAUAUGGGUUAGCAAUAAUAGGGACACUUCCUAAAUGAAGCCCAAAGAAUUUCAUAUGUUUUUCGAAGUGUAUUUUUGAUACCGACUGUGUAUUCCACAUUGAUUUUUUUAUAUUAUUAAUUAAAUUUAAAGCGCGACAAUUAUAAUAUUGUUUGAAAAAAUAUAUGCCUUUGUCAAUUUUGAUCAAUUGAGUCUCAUGUUUCCUAUAUAGAAAUAAUAUGAUUUUGAAAUUGAAAAAAUAUUAAAAAUGUAUACUGAUCAGUAUAAGACUGGAUCUGUAUUAUUUUAAGGCUGUUAAUUUAUUAAUGCUCGUCUUAAACUGAAUUAUAUUGGUGCUAUUUAAGGAGGUCCUUUAAAUAAACUGUUUUUAGAUAUUUUUUUUUUUUUGUAAUAUUUGCAUCCAAAACUAUAUACCAAUAGAGGUAGCAAAUUAACGAUUCCUAUUAAAAGAAAAGCAUUAUUUAUUUGUAACUAUUUUUGUAUAUUUUAUAGUAAAAAUUAAUAAAAAAAAAUAAUCAUUUCGAUAGCUCUUCCAUUAAGUCUGUAGAUAUAGUUAUUAUGAUUAAUUUUAACAAUUUUCUAGGUUAUAAAUAUAAAAAUUAUAAGUUAUCUGUAUAAAAGUGUAAGUUGAAUAAAUAUCUCAUAGCAGUUAAUUUGUACUAAAUUUUAGAAAGUGUUUUUUUUUAUUAUAGUUAAUGUUGCAAUUUUGUAGUUAUUUAGAUUAUAAAUGGAAAAAGACCACUCGCACUGCGACACUAAGUUCUUCCUAAUUGUAAGAAAAUUUAUAAAAAGCAAUAAAAAUUAUAUAUUAAGAAAUAUUUUUCUUUUAUUCAACCUAUUGUUCUGUAAUAGUUUCUCGUAACGCUGUUCGUCUAUUUAAAGUAAAAAUAUUAUAUUAUAAACAAACAGCAAAUUCUAAUUAAGGUCUCCCAAAAGUUUCAAAAUAUCCCCAGACUGCGAGACAGACCAUUUUUUAACUAUUUUCCCGCACAUAAAUUAUAGCCUACUAGCUUUCCGCCAGCGGUUUCGCCGGCGUGGUCUUGUAUUAUACAUAAAAACCUUCUUUUUGAAUUACCCUAUCCAUGAAAAAAACCGCAUCGAAAUCCGUUGCAUAGUUUUAAAGAUUUAAGCAUAUAGGGACAGAUAAAGCGACGGACUAGUUGUACAAACGUCAUUUAAAAUUGACAUUAGUUAAAAGCGACAUUACCCAUACAAAUCUGAAAUUUAUUAGAGCUUAAAGCCGUCAUUAAACCUUAAUUGACGUUUGUGCAACUUAAC